AUGGCAGCGUCCAUGGAGGAGACGUGAAGUAAACAAAACGCCAAGAAAUCACUAGUUUGAAGUUCCUAAGCUAGUUUUUUUGCUUUUAAAAAUGAGUAAAACAAAAAAGAUAAAAAGUUACAGACGUUUACCGUUAUACAUUGUUGAAGAUCACAAUGAGGUUCUGCCAUACAUUCACAGAGCUAUUGGAAGUCACCAUCUACCAUUUUCAAACCUUGUGUUUGUGCAUUUUGACUCUCACCCAGACAUGCUCAUUCCAAAGGAUAUGCCAGCAGAUGAGACUUUUAACAAAGAAAUCCUAUACGAAAACAUCAGCAUAGAAAACUGGAUUAUGCCAAUGAUCUAUGCUGGUCAUAUAAGUGUGAUUCUGUGGGUCAAACCCCCAUGGUGUUCCCAGAUAGAGGACAAGAACAUCCACUUCUAUGUCGGCAAAUGUGUCACCACUGGAACUUUAAGGUGCAGCUGCAAGGAAUCUUAUUUUGUGAGUGAAACACUGUACAGACCGGAAUCACAGCUGACAAAUAAGAAACUGGUCCAGCUCGUUGUGUUUACUCUGAGGCCAAAUGGCUGGAGAGAGGAAUCAGGCUUGUACAAAUCAGCAGAGGAUAUGCAGCAAGAACACAAAGGGAAUGUUAGAAAGGGAAAUGUCAAAGAGGCAGCUAUUAAGGGACAAAUCAACAAAAGCAGUAAAGUGCAGGAAAAAUUAGCUGGUGGAGAGACUGAUAGUAAACAGAAUAAAAAGAAUGUUGAUGAAUGUGUGAUGGGAAAUUCUGUUAAUGAAAAAACUAACAAUACAUGUGUGAAAUGUGGAGGUUUACGUAAUGAUUUACUGCAGACAGGAGAAUCAAGAUACUCAGAAAAAGACAAAUUGGUGACUGAUGAAAGACAAGACUUGAAUGAUGGUGAAAUAAAAAAACAUUGUACAUGUACUGAUUUGCAUUCAGAAACUUUUAUAGACAAUGCAAAUGACUCCCCAGGCCCUAGUGGAAGCCAGAAUUCUUCCUCGUGUGAUAUUACCCAUGAUAAAUUCAGACAGUCUUUAAAAGAUAUCAGCAGUCUGUUGAAUGAAUUCUCGGACGGAACUUUAAUAUUAGAUAUUGACUUGGACUUUUAUUCCACCAAAAACCCUUUUCUGGAGGUGUACACUCCUUCACAGUAUAAAAUACUACAGGAACUGUACAGAUUUCAAGCACCCACCAGCAAUUCAGAUGAGGAUAUUGAGGCUUGUGUAGUUAAAAGGGAAAAGGAGUUGAAUCAUUUAAAGCAGGAGUUCCUGAAGUUUUCACAAUGUUCAGAACCAUUGCUAAGCCAUCCGAAAGCGAAUCAGAUGAAAGCUUUGGUAGAGGACUUGCAAUCUUGUCAGACAGAGGGUGGUGAUGCCGUGAACUUUGACCUCUUGCACGAGGCGGGAUGUACCUGUGACGACACAGAGCUCCCCCACCAUGUCAGCAGUCAGGAGCAAAUAAAUCUCUUGGUCGACGCAACUCAAGAAUUCCUGUCCCACCUCAAAAGACCAACCAUUAUUACAAUGGCCAGAUCCAGCCAAGAUGACUACUGCCCACCAGAUCAAGUGGAAUCCAUCCAGAACAGUGUUUUGGAGAUUCUACAGGACUUGUACUUAGAGAUAGAGCUUACUGUUGAUUAUGAGUUAUCAAUGGAAUCAACAAACCUUUAAUUGUGUUUUUGAGUAUUCAUGAAUUAAAAUAAAUACCAAUAAAUACCAAUAAAUAUCCU